AUGGCGUACCCAAACCUGUCUCUGCGGCGUCACCUGCCGAUCAUCUUCCUGCAGCUGUGCGUCUUCUCGGGCGAGCCGGUGGCGGCCAAGAUCUCGGCCCUCAUCGUGUUCGGCGACUCCACGGUCGACACGGGCAACAACAACUACAUCUCCACCCUCGUCAGGAGCGACUUCGCGCCCUACGGCCGCGACCUGCAGCUGGAGAACGGCCGUCCCACGGGGCGCUUCUGCAAUGGCCGCCUCACCGUCGACUUCGUAUCCGAGGCGUUCGGCCUGCCACCGCUCGUGCCACCCUAUCUCGACCCGAGCAGAAACAUCAGCGACCUCGCCGCCGGCGCCUGCUUCGCCUCAGCCGGCGCCGGCUACGACAAUGCCACGUCAGAUAUUUUCUCGGUGCUCACGAUUUGGAAGGAGCUGGAGUACUUCAAGGAGUACGCGGCCAAGCUGAGGAGCUUCCAGGGAGACGACAGGGCGCGAGAGACGCUCACGGAGGCGCUCUACCUGGUCAGCAUGGGCACCAACGACUUCCUCGAGAACUACUACGCCGUGCCGCGCGGCCACGCCAAGGACUACCACACGGCGGCGGCCUACGGCACCGACUACCUGCUGGGCGUCGCGGAGUCGUUCGUGCGCGCGCUUCACGCGCUCGGCGCGCGCAAGGUGGACCUCAACGGCCUGCCGCCCAUGGGCUGCCUCCCCAUGGAGCGUGCCCUGCUGGGCGGCGCGUGCACCGAGGACUACAACGUGGUCGCCGAGGGAUUCAACGCCGGCCUACGCGCGCUGAUCGACAGGCUCAACGCCGAGCUCGACGGCGCCAGGGUCGUCUACGGCGACGUCUACGGCCCCGUCGCCGACGCGCUCGGGCGCCCCGCGUCGUACGGGCUGGAGAACGUCGAGGCCGGGUGCUGCGGCACCACCGGGCUCUUCGAGAUGGGGUACAUGUGCAACUCCCGGAGCCCGCUGACGUGCGCGGACGCCGGGAAGUUCGCGUUCUGGGACGCCAUCCACCCCACGGAGCGCCUCCAUCGCGCCCUCGCCGACGCAAAGAUGAACACCACGCUCCACGUCUUCCUAUGA